UAGCCAAAACCGAGGGUGCAUCCGAAAUGCGCAAGUCGCCGGGCAGCCUGGCCUCGGAGGCCUUCUCCAGCUCCAAUUCCUCGCUGAGCAACUCGUACAGCGACGUUAGUGACCUGGCCAAUUGGGAGGAGUACGUGGCCGCCGACGGGAGUCUUUUUUACUUGGAGUACCUGAAGAGCGAGAAAACCGGUGGGCCGGCAGAGCGGCGGGUGGAGUUUAUGCGGCGAUCACUGCGCCUGGGAAAGAAAUCGUCGCGCCGACAACAACAACAACAACAGCAGCCGCAGCAGCAACAACAACAUGGAAAUAAUGUUCGCCAGUCGGGAAACCACAACCAAAACCAAAACCAGUCUCCCAACCAAGAAUCCCAAGUGUUCCAGUUCUCACAAUUUAAAUCAACUCCCACCGAUCCCAAGAAGUUGGACUUGGUGAUCACCGCCACGGAUCGGUUUCGUUUCGGUCGGCGAUCCACAGCCGUGGAAUCCAUCUUGGGCUUUCGGGUCCUGCCCUUUCCCGACCAGCCGGAGUGCCUGAUGGUGGAGGGAUUCGUCCACGAUCUGAGUGCCGUGCAGCAUGGAAUUAAGAGGGGUGACUGGUUCCGAUCCCUCAAUGGCAUCGAGCUGUAUGCCAGCAACGUCGAUGAGAUCCUUCAGCAGUUCGUGGAGCCCACCCAGGUAUCGCUGGGAUUUCAGUCUUGUGGCUCAGGAAUCGUGGCCACUCCAGCAGAUUCUUCUUUUCAUCAAAAUCCUCCAGAGGAUCAGAUAUCCAAGGUGGAGAACUUUUCCACGUUUGCGGACAAGUUCGAGGAGAUGCUGUUUCCCGAGGGAAGAGAGAACUCCCCAGACUCCGAGUUGUCCCAGCCCUUUGCCAUGCUCCUGCUUCCCCCGGAGUGCUAUCAGCAUGAGCAGCAGCAGGAUUCCCUCUACUACUACCCGGAAAGUCCGGAAAACUUUCUGUUCAAGGCCCGAGGAAGCUUCCUCACCCUGCAUGCCGUGCUAAGUGAGCUUCACACGCAACCCCUGAGCUCUAGGCUUCUGGUGGAGCAGAUUCCCUACCACGUGAACUACCGAAGACUCAACGGGUUCCUCGUUUUGUUCGCCUACGCCGGGGGACUAUGCACUGCAGCGGAGUGCAGCCUGCGUUCGGAUGAGCUCAUCGACUACAUACGCUUCUCCCUUCCGGGCUUGGUCCUGGAAAGUUUUAAUGCCAGUUCGGGGCUGAGGACCUUUUUGCGACACUUUUGCGAGAUCCAGAAGACCAGGCUGAGGUUCAGGUGCCGUGGCCAGACCCGUUUCGAGGAGCUCCUGGGUCAGUCCCGCAGUCUUCCUCUGCCGAAAGAGGCCCAGCUUCGAAUUUUCGAUGCCCUGAGCGAAAUGGAGGCCAUGGAUUACCGCAACUGGAACGAUGAGCCGCUGACCACGCACCGGGAGUUCUUCAUUUACGGAAGUGCACUGUACUUUGACGGCUUCUUGGUGGCCAGUCUUCUCCCACCGGAAGUCAGGGUGAGUGUGGAGGGAUUCCUGCGCUGCCGGGGAAUCUUCGAGAUGCUCAGUACACCGGGAAUCAGGGUCAAGGAGCUGUACGUGUGGGAGGAGAUAGUCCUGCCCAGCGCUACUGGCCGAUACUUCCUCACAAUUUGCACCCGGAAUCACCUGAGCCUGGCUGUCAUCCUGAAGAUCUUCGAUGCUCCGGACAUGGCUCCAGAUACGGUAGUGGGUCCGUCGCUGUUCUACAUUGAGGAGAUACAGGAGACCCUCGACCACCUGGUGCAGUGCGGCAUCGAGUCUCUGGCCAUGUUCUGGUCGGUCUCCAACAAAAGACCCGAGGUGCUGGAGGCCACAGGAUCCGAUGCCCGGGAGCAGGAGAAGGACCAGUCCAACAACCGUUUGGAAUCAUUCCUGAAGCAAAAGCUUACGGUUCUAAGCCCAUCCGUGGAGGAGGAGCAGCAGCUAUGCUCAUCGCUGGGCGGCUCCUCCAUACACAGCCUGACCCCCAGCGAAGAUGACUCCUCCCGCCGUCGGUUGACGCCCAUUCAUGGUGCUGGAGAGGAUUCCGACAGCGGCUCUGACUGGGAGAACUUUGCCGUCCAGCAUCCACUCCACUACGGACUGAAUCUGAGCUCUGAAAGCCACAACCAGAGCCAAAUGACCGAGUCCAUGUGGAAGGAGAUCAAUAACGUGGUACCAGUGAAGAUAUCCGCCGGGUGGAAGAACUCGGUGCUCCACUACGUCUACAUUGACAUUGCCAAUGGAUCCCUGUUUGCUCCGUUCAAUGACCCCUCCGAGAGCUGUUCAUUUAUUUCGGAGAUUCGUCAGGCCUGUCACAUGAUCCACGGAGUAUUGGAACGCUCAAAGCUCCAUAGGCGUAUGCAUACGGAUUCCUCCAGGGCUCAGGCCAAUGCCAACGGACAUGGACACAGCCAUGGAGUAUCGCUGGUCAAAGAGCAUGGCAUGACCCUGGAAGUGCAAACCAAACCGGAGGGUCAACCUGCCAGAAGCGUACGCUUCUGCGUGGUCGGAAGACUGUUCCAGUCGCCGGCCAAGGAGGUCUAUGUGGCCCAUCGCUCGGAUGUCCCCCAAAACAUUGUGGAAAUGGCAUUCCGUCUCUCUUUCUUCUCCAUGGGAUGAGAGGGCUUAGAAAAUGUUAAAAUUUUAUUUCAUAA